AUGAAGUCGUGGUUAAUUAAUAAAGGAAAUGUUACUAAUGAGUUGUAUCCAUACGUAACGCGUUGUCAUCAGAAACCAAAAAAAAUUUUGUGGGAAGAGGGAGAUGUGAGGCCAACCAACAACUGGUCCGAGGCACUACACUGGGUUGGGUUAUCUAUGAGUGAGGUGUUUGGCCUUAUCGCUGCUGGAAGGUCGCCUUCUCAAUUUGUGCAAGUUGGUGAAAGAGAGUUCUUAUGCGAAGUUCUCGAUGCUUCCAAUGUGAACCACAUAGUCGUAUUCAUGACUGGUCUACAUCCUUUUCCAGACGGAAUGGGCGGUUCAGUUUAUGUUCGUUGGCCGUCCCCGGACGGACAAGAUGCUGGGUGGCAUUAUCUUGGCUUUGUCUGCAACAUGAAACCGAGCGCGAUAUUUAAAAUUGCACAGCUUCACUUAUCAGAAAUCCGCCAUACUGGGGUAUUCAGCGGAGGAAUGGGUUCAGGCACAUUAGGUUCUGUCCAAGUUGGGCUCAUGGUUGAGCCGCUUAUGGCUAUUGAAGGUCGAGCAGCUGCCGAAGGAACACAAACAAAUCAACAGUCUACUUUGGCCGAAUUCGCUGAAACGAUGUUGCGCAACCUGGUCAAUCACGCGGAGUCUUACGCAACCAAGCUGAGCAGACCAGAUGGGCAAGGAUUUGCUGAUUAUAUUCCGGUGUCUGCAUUGCAGGAAUGGUACAACAAUUUCCGGCGCCGAUUCGAACAAAACCCAUAUUUCUGGAGAUCUCUUAGAAAUGUUUAG